AUGCAAAAAAAUUAUUUUCAUUCAAUUCAAUCAGCUGACUUAACCAAUAUCAUUUUCGACGUAAUACGUGUUCUCCGUAUCCAAUCCUCGGAAGGUACCAAACGAGUUGACAUCACUCCUCAAGAUACAAACAAACAAAUCUACGACAAAGUUGCUCAAACGUUUUCAUUACCAUCGACAGAUGGAUUUACGUUGUAUAAAGAAAAAAAUAAACGAUCACCUGUAUCUCGAUCAUCAACGAAAAAUGCUUUAAAACAUGGCGAUAUGAUCUAUUUAGUUCCUGAACAAGAAAAUUUAUUCCCGCCUGAAGUAACUUCAUCACCACAUGUACCAUUAGAUUUCAAAUCGGAUACACCAACUAAUGGAAAUAGUUAUGCAUCACCUAAAAUUGGAUCGUUUCAAUCCAACUCCAUAGGAAAAAUGAAUGUCAGCAGUAUUGAUGUCAAAGAGGAUGAGGUUGAUGUACAAUUAGAUAAGAUCGAUGGACGAAUACCUCGAAAACGAGAUCCACAAUUGUGUCAUCAUAAUAUUCAUGGAAAAUGUAUUCACUGUAUACCGAUUGAACCCUAUGACGAGGAAUUUUUAAAAAAUCGAAAUCCACCGAUAAAACACAUGUCAUUUCGAGCAUACAUCAGAAAACUACAAAGUUCAUCGCAUAGUGACAGAACGACAUUCGCCAGCUUAGAAAACAUCAGUUGCUCGAUAAAAGACAAAUGUCCAACUGGUCAUGCACCAUGGCCGAAAGGUGUUUGCACUAAAUGUCAACCGAAUCCCGUUACGCUAAUGCGACAGUCAUAUCGUCAUGUCGACAAUAUCAUGUUCGAGAAUGGAAACAUGGUCAACCGUUUUCUGAACUAUUGGCGAUUAUCAGGUCAUCAACGGAUUGGUUUUCUAUACGGACGAUAUGAAGUAUACGAUGGUGUGCCACUUGGUGUUCGUGCAGUUAUUGCUGCUAUUUAUGAACCACCACAAGAAACAUCGAGAGACAGUGUUAAAUUGAAUCUUCCAGAUCCACAUGAAGCAUUGAUUGAUGAUCUAGCUCGUCGUCUCAAUGUUCGUCGAAUCGGAUGGAUUUUCACUGAUCUUGUACCAGAUGAAUCCAAGUCUGGUGGUGGUCCUGUUCUUCAUCAUCGGGGUAAUGUAAACUCCUACUUUUUAAGUGCGCAAGAAUGUAUAACAGCAGCUUGGCUGCAAAACAAACAUCCAAAUAUAUGCAAGUGCUCGCCGGAUGGUUAUUUUGGCUCGAAAUUUGUCACUGUCGUUGUUACCGGUGAUGCGUCAGGUCAAAUUCAUUUCGAAGGCUAUCAAGUUUCCAAUCAGUGCAUGGCUUUAGAAAAGUCAAAAAUUUUACUACCUACAUACGACGCACCCGAGCUGGGUUUUAUCAAAGAGACAAGUUCCGAACAAUACGUUCCUGACGUUUACUAUAAAGAAAAAGAUUCGUAUAAUAACGAAAUUAUGAAAAUAGCCCGUCCAUUACCACUUGAAUAUCUUAUCAUUGACGUUCCAACAGGUUUUCCUUCGGCUGAUGCUCAAAUACAAUCAACAUUUAAUGAUGAUUGUGCGUCAGUGAAAACGCCAUUUUGUGUAGAAAAUCGAAUGCAAAUUGGAGAAUUACAAGAUAUGAAUGCAUUAGCAUCAUAUUUAAAACAAUUUUCAAAAACUGGUGCUACAGGUGUGACGACAUCAAGUGCAAGUCAAUAUAAAGCAACAGAUAUUCUCGCUGAUAUCCAUCUAUUAAGAUAUUUGGCUGUCAAUGACAUUAUUUCAUUUUCAAUGGAUCAAUUGGAUCCUUUACUUGACUCUCUACGUACGAAUGAUCUUAACGGUGUUGAGACAUGGAUGGAAGGUUCUGAUUGGCAGACGAUUGUUCAAGUGCUUCAAACUCAAACUCCUGGUUCACCAGAAUUAGCAAAUCGACCAUCUUAUAUGGAUUAUGAAGAUCAAACCGAUUUAGCUUCGACUUUGUCUCAAUGGAAUUGUCCGCGUUGUACUUUUAUCAAUCCUGGCUCCUCUCGAACAUGUGAAAUCUGUUCAUGUGAAAAGGGUUCUUAG